AGAACGCGGAGGGCUGGAAGACUGGGACCGACUCGCAACUUUCUGGCCCUGACAAAACACGGUCCAGCCCGAUAAAUUAGAAUGAAAUACAUAUAUAUAGUGGCUCAGAAGACGUGGGAGUUCACGUUUUAGUGACUUUUUGAAGCCGGAGCUGCUUCCUUGUUCGACAACAGGGUGAAAUAUCUCAACAUCCUCACAAAGAAACUUUGCUGCUAGGCUAACUCGGUCACAAGCAAGAAAAAGUAUGAUCCACGGAGAGGUUUGGGUCACAGGCUGUCACUAACGUCUGCUUUAUCGAGCUAUAUGUUGCUGGUAGUUGUAUCUACUCGGAAAUGAGAUAUUUAUGACUCAGUGCUGGACUUUGUAACGGUUUUUUAGUUAGUCAUCACAGUUUGCAGCUGGUACCGUAGCCAGUCAACACAGCAGAGCGCCCCCAGAUUUCCAUCCGGCAGGACAUCCACUGAAAAGUUCACCCACAAAGAGCCACAGUUUCACACAUUUACCACUGGAAGGAUGUCCGGCCGAAGUGGAAUUGGACAGACCCGGGGUGCUGCUUUGGGUCCACAGCCCCUUAAGGCCACUAUCCCCUAUCAGCUGGCCAACAAAACCCGAUCAAACCGAAGAGAUGGAAAGUCAGCAGCUGGAAAGGCCAAAGCACAUCAGCAGAGCUCUGGCAUGAGGCGGACAGUGUCUCUUGAUGCCAUCAUUGGGCCAUACCUGCAGGGACACUGGCCCAAAGAACCAGAAGGCCAGGCAAGCCUGUCUCGAAAGGACAAAUCCACCCAGACUCCAGACUCACGGUCAGAAAAAACCCAAAAUAGGAGAGGGAGCAACAGCCACAAACGUUCAGCAUCAUGGAGCAGUGCUGAGCAUCUCCGAGAGAUUGCUAAACUAAAACAACAGCUGCAGCAGCGCAGCAAACCUGGAGUCUCAGCGGGACAUGAUAAAGACCGCCAGCAUGGUUAUCCUCAAGGGAACGGUAGCCUAGGAACAACACAGACUCAGCCCAUUCCCAUUCCCCUCACUCCCUUAUCUACACUGGUCCCUCGGCUACGCUGCAGUGUAGAGGGCCUCAACCAGGAGCUGGAAGGCAUGUUCAUCUGCCAGCCUCCAAAUUCACAGCAUGGACUUCUUGAAGUUCCAGAUGGCCACCGGGCUCCCGUCCCCCCUCAGAGCAGCAGUACUGGGUCCCAGAGUGACCCAGCCACUACACUGCUCUCCUCGUCUUCCACCUCCUCCUCACCCUGUUCUCCUCCUGCCUACAUCUCCACUUCUCCAUCCAUCUCAGAAAAUACUCUUCAAGACUCGCGCCAAGGGGUGGCGGACAGUGCGGACAUGUGUCUCCUGUCUCCGUUCUCGUCCCACUGUGAAGUUGACCUUCCCCUGCCUCUGCUGAUCUCGUCUUCUCCAGGGCCCAACAAAAGUUUCUGCUUCAAGAGAGACCCUCCAGAGGGCUGUGAAAAGGUUCGAGUCUUUGAGGAAACAAGCGCUCCACACCAACCCAAACCAGCAGUCAUCUCCUCCUGCCCAGACCCCAAUAAGGUAAACUUCACUCCCCAUGGGGGCUCGGCCUUCUGCCCCGUCAGCCUCCUCAAGCCCCUGCUUCCCUCCGUGGACCUCUUGUUCCGCAGCCUUUCGGUCUCUCCAGCGAACACUUACUCAGGCCAGGGAACAGGCUCCUGCCAGGCAACCUCCACUGGGCACCGGGCUGCACCUGCAGAUCCUCCUGCCACCGCUGUGACGCCAGAGGACCCUGGGGAGAGCCUCACUUUGUGAUUACAGCAGCAGAUCUCUGCUUGGGAUAUGAUUAUGCAUAAAGCAAACUGUCAGUACUCUGCAAGGUAGCAAGCUCUUUGUUGUCUGAGCUGUUUAGCUGGUGAUGUUUUUAUCUGAGGAAAAGACUACAUAGUUUUCCUUUUCUAUACAGGCCUAAAAUAACCUUUUAUGUUAAAAAGAAUCUCUCAUACAUAAUCCAAAGUAUGUGCUUUAUAAGCUACUUGUUUGGGUUUCCAGGUGUUGUGACAUUUCCAAAUUGAGGCCUGUUGUUUAUCAUUUUGAAAUCCAAAGAUAUAUUUUUGGGCCAAACACAAGUGUGGGACAGCCUUUGAAGAGCACUGCUCACCUCUUCUGAACUUAACUCUAAGAUGGGAUUCGCUGAUCCUCUCAUUUCCUGCACAGCUUUGUUUGUUCACUCCAAAGAGGCCAAAAUGUGCAUCUUAUCACUUAUUUGAUGCUUGUUGUCUAAGUUUGACUGUAGAAUCAUAUCAGUUGGAAAGAUUAGCAAACAAAUGCAAAAGCCCUUGUUUUUAAGUAUUCAGUGAUAUUUAUCAUUUCACCAUUGCAUUUUUUGAUUGUUUUACCUGACUUGACCUUGCACCAUUAGUGGUGUACAAAGCAUGACAAAUCAGUUGCAUACUUUUUAUUCACCUGGAGAAAACCAUCACAUGAUUAAAUCACAUUUAGAUUAUUGUAGACUGAAGGGAAUUUUGGGUAACAUCAAUUUAGGUAGGAGUUCUUAGGAGCUUCAGCUUAUGCAUUCCUGCUUUAAAGUUGUAAAGAUGUUUAUUUUUUUGUUCCCUUGUUUACUUGAAAGAAAAUCACAUGUGCAUGUUAAUGGGUAAACUCAAUAUUCUUUGAUGUUGUAGAUGUACGCUUGAUGGUGUGUGUAUAGUUUUGUGGUUUCACAGCCUAGUUGACUACCUAACCAGUUUUAGUGGUGUAGAUUUGUCAUCCUUAGUGUUCUCUAAAGAUGUUCUUUUCCUUUUGCCAAGCUGACAAGUUGAUGUUCAGAUAGUUUUAUUUCUGGUAGACACGUUUGCACAAAUUGAACUGCUACUUUUGAGUUGCAAUUCUUAUUUUUAUAUUCACUUUUGUACUUCAUUGUAAAUAGAGAGUAGUAAUGUGUAUUUUGUACAUCUUUCCAAACCUGCAACAUAAGCUAAAAACCUGUUACUUUUAGUUUGGUUCUGUCAGUAUAAUUAAGGCAGGUGUUACAUGAAAUUUUGUACCGGGUGGAUUUUUAUGCACUUCCAGGAAAAGGGUUUUUAUAGUUGAGAUGUUCUUCCAAACAUUAGUUCUGGGUUUAUCGUCUCUGCCAGGAGUUUUGCGUGCAGACAUGUGGAUGGAAAGUUGAUUCGUCUGAUCUUUUGACUAACUUCUCCUAGUUUUAGUAACCUGGUGAAAUGCUGAUGGAUUGAAACGUCUCAUUUCCAAAUAAGCAUCCGUUUUAUGAAUCUGUGUGGAUGCUGGGAAUGUGAUGUUAUCUCAGGUUCUGUGAUCUGUCCACAUAAAUACGACUGAUAACGUGUUGUCCUUCUGAUUAUUAAAUUGGUCUUAAG